AUGCAGAAAUUUGAUGCUGCGGUUGGAGAUAUUACUAUCACAGCCAAACGAUCAAAGUUUGUUGAUUUUACAUUACCGUAUAAUGAAGGUGGAGUUUCAAUGAUUGUGUUAGCAAAACAAGAUUUGAGUAAGAAUGCUUGGAUAUUCCUCAAGCCAUUAGAGUGGAAACUUUGGGUAACAACAGGUGCUUUCUUUCUUAUCAUUGGUGUUGCAAUUUGGAUUCUCGAACACAGAGUGAACCGCGAGUUCAGAGGAGGGCCACAUUCUGCUUACCAGUUGGGCACAAUGCUUUCGUUCUCCUUCUCAACACUCGUUUUCGCUCAAAAGGAAAGGGUGCUAAGCACUUUGGGUAGGAUCGUCAUGGGAAUAUGGCUUUUUGUCGUGUUAAUUCUCACACAAAGUUAUACAGCUAAUCUGGCAUCCAUGUUGACAAUAAAGCGACUUGAGCCAACCUACACCGAUGUUAAGGAACUUAUCAGAAAUGGGUACAGUGUAGGUUAUCAAGAAGGUUCAUUUGUGUUGGACCAGUUAAAGGGAAUGAAAUUUCAUGAGUCACAUUUGAAAACUUACAGCACCCCUGAUGAAUUUGACAAGCUUUUCUCCAUGGAGCCAAGUAAGGGUGGUAUUGUGGCUGCUUUUGAGGAACUCCCUUACAUCGAACUCCUCCUCGCAAAAUAUUGUGAUAAGUACAUGAUGGUUGGCGAAAUCUAUCAAAAUGACGGAUGGUCGUUUGUCUUCCCAAAAGGUUCCCCUUUAGGUCCUGAUAUUUCGAGAUCAAUUCUACAAUUAAGAGAGAAUGGUACAACAAAAAGCUUAAAAAAAGCUGCUUUUAGUUCUGGGAGCACCUCAAAAAGAUAUUGUCCAGACAUUGACCCUUUGGGUUCCUCGACUAGUCUCAAACUAGACAGCUUCCGGGUCCUUUUCUGGCUUACAGGAGGCUUUGUAGUUUCCGCCAUUUCUGUGUUCUUUGCUAUGUUCUUGUGGGAAAACAGACAAAUCUUGGUUGAUUCCAACACUGCAGUUUCACAAAAAUUCGUCCAUUUGCUUAACGAGUUCUAUAAAUAUGAUGAAAAGCGCUUGAUCACGUAUUUUGAAUACCAACAUGUGCGUAAAGAUCAAAACAAAGCUGUUGUUCAUGCAUCAGAUACUAAUGGCUUAGGCGAAUCUGCAUGCGGAUAUUUACCUAGUGAAGGUGUUGUUGAUAAUGAAGGUCCUCUCAUACAAGCUGUGCAUCAAGAUUUCGGCUUGGUCUGUAGUGGAGAUCAUGGAGCAGAUGGUGACAGUAUUUCAGAUGAAGGUGUUGAUCCCUUUUUGCAUAAUAUUGUAGGUGGUGGAGAUCAACCUACUCCAGGGGAUGCCAAUCUACAUCAAAUCCAAUUGUCCGAAAUUCGACAUCGUAAACCUUAAACGAUGCCUUGAUUUUGAAGGGGAUUUGUCAGAAGAGUAUCAUUACAAUUUGUUUAGGUCGUCUAUUUUCGUUGUUUUCUUUAAAUUAUUUUUGUUAAUCAUAUUGGAAAAGAAAAUUGUGGAAGAGUGGCUUGGUGACCACUCUGUGAUAGAGGAAAAUACGGAGGAAAAUACGGAGGAAAAUAAAUUAAAAAAACAAACAAAAAGUUACACCUA